CACUGCUUGACGUUUGUCGUGUUUUGCGGUGAUUCUGUUGUUGUUUUCACUUACCAUUACCCGGUCGGAAAGAACCAAAUCUCCUUUAACGAAAUGGAUAUCGACGUCCUGUGGAGUAAAUCAGUAAAAAUAUUUCCGAUUCUAGAGCAAAAGUUGAUGUCCGAUACGGAAGUCAAUGCAGAGGAACUUCAACAGAUCGUGAAUGAAUUAUCCCGCAUUGGAAUAGCUGAGAAUGUGUACGAGACGAUCAUAAACGAAAUAGACACAAAAUUGCGUCAAGACAUCGUCCCGAAAUUUUGGAAUCAUUUCGUUCAAAAUGACCAGGACAGCGAGACCGAGUUCCAUCAAUUCCAAACGGCCGUUCAUGAACUUCAUGCAAAUUACUUACAGUUCCAAGGACUGUUAACGAAGGUGCAACUGUUCAAGAAAUUCGUACGCUUCCAGAAUGUGCAGCAUCAGAAUCAAAACGAACUUGACGCCUUCAACGAAAUGCUGAAAGUUACGCUGCUCUCGCAAUUGCCGGCCAAUUUCGAACGGAUUAUCUACUCGUUCUAUCACACAUCGUUUAAAGUCUUUGUCAACAGUCACCUGGAUGUGCCUGACGAAGAAGAAUGUUCAGUUGAUUUGGAUGAAGCAAAGUGCAACGGAUGCGAUAAUUCGUCGGAGCAGUGUAGAUGCCAAGAGCUGGUCUGUGCUUUCAACAAAACCAACCAGUUUUUAACGAACAUGAGUCUGUUGGAUCGACUCUCCGGCUUUACGUUAACGAAUCUAAUACAGGAACGAAUCACCUUACACGUCCGAGAAACCUGCGAGGGAAUAAGUGACACGUCGCACAUCGAAAAUUUGGAGAAGUGGCUCGACACCAUCGUGUUGAAUUGGUUGACUAGAAUUUUCAACCAGGGAACGCUGAAAAUUUCAUCAAAUGACAAUCACAUUACGACCAUCAUCGCCGAUUUCAAAGUCAAGCUCGGAUAUUACCUGAUCGAAACGUAUGCCAACACGAUAAUCGAGCAAUUUUUCAAUAUCAUCGUCGACUAUCCGGAAAGUCAGCCGGCUAUCGACGAUCUAAAACUGUGCUUGGAGAAACUGGAUCUGCGGAAACGGUUGGUCAAUUCGCUGACCGCUUCGCUGGAAACUCGACUUCUUCAUCCGGGCGUAAACACAACGGACAUACUAAGUGGAUACAUUGCAGCCAUCAAAGCUAUUCGACAUCUGGACAGUUCUGGUGUUCUUCUGGAAACCAUCACCGAACUUGUUAAACUGUACAUGCGUAGCCGAUCGGAUACUGUCAGGUGCGUGGUGACUCAAUUAACGGAAGAAGGUGAAUUGGCCGAAGAACUAGCUAAGAGUGAGGCGAUGAGUGAAGAUCCGUCUAAUAAUGUCGAUGAAAUGGUGAACUGGGAGUCAUGGAAACCAGAUCCGGUAGACAUUGACCCGACAAAACUGAAUCGAACUUCGCGAUCUGCGGAUAUUAUCUCGAUGGUGGUUGACAUAUACGGCAGCAAAAAGUUGUUCGUUACGGAAUAUCGUCAACUGCUGGCUGAACGUUUACUCAACCAAUUGGAUUUCGAUCCUGAAAAGGAAAUACGGAAUUUGGAGCUACUGAAGUUGCGCUUCGAUGAAUCUCUGUUGCACACAUGCGAGGUGAUGCUGAAAGACAUCAGCGAUUCGAAGCGUAUCAACGCCCACAUACACAACGAAACAGAGUAUGAUGAUGAAAAUUCCUUCAAAAUAUCAGCCAUGGUCCUGUCGUCACAGUUUUGGCCGGACUUCAAAAACGACACCUUUGACCUGCCAGCUGUUUAUCAAGACGAAUUCGCAAAAUACACAAAAUCAUUCGAAUCGUACAAAGUCAACCGGACUCUGUGCUGGCGUCAUCUUACCGGUCGUGUGACCAUCGAAGUUGAAUUGGCUAAUCGUACAUUGGAAUUCACAGUCAAUCCCACUCAGGUCGCUAUUCUUCACUAUUUCCAAGAGCGCAACCAGUGGACGAUGGACGAACUGUGCAAGGAAAUGAAACUCCAGCCGACCAUUCUGCGAAAGCGAAUUUCAUACUGGCAAUCGCAGGGCAUCAUCAAAGAACCGGAACCGUCAGUGUUUGUGCUAGUGGACGAUUCGAGUGAAGUAACCGAGGAGAUGCAAUCUCAGGGACAAGAAUGCGAUGACGACGAAACCAGCAGCAUUCGUUCGGCAUCCGAUCAACGCGAAGAAGAGCUACAAGUGUUUUGGAGUUACAUUGUGGGAAUGCUGACCAAUUUAGACUCGUUGCCACUGGAGCGCAUUCAUCAGAUGUUGAAAAUGUUUGCGUCGCAUGCGCCGGGCGUUGAGUUCUCGCAAGAGGAAUUGAAAAAUUUCUUACAACGAAAAGUGCGUGAACACAAAUUGAUUUUCUCCGGUGCCGUUUACCAUUUACCAAAAUAAAUUACAAAUUUCCGCUCUUGUGAGCAACUUAAUUAAA